UGCCCCGAUUGCCGUCGCUCCAAACAGUUUCUGGCCGAGCAUCGCGUUCCGUACCAAUGGGUCGACAUCGAACGGGACGAAGACGCGCAGCUGACCGUUCAGCAACUUAAUAACGGUCGCCAGAUAAUCCCUACGAUCGUGUUUGACGACGGUGGGCCGAUUCUGGUUGAGCCGAGCAACGCCGAGCUGGCGACACGGCUGGGGAUCAACGCCACGGCCAGCCGAUCCUACUACGACCUGAUCAUCGUGGGCGGUGGCCCGGCCGGCUUAACGGCUGCAAUCUACGCCGCCAGAGAAAGCAUGGAAACGCUGGUUAUCGAGCGCAGCGGCAUCGGCGGGCAAGCCGGGUCGACGGAGCGCAUCGACAACUACCCGGGUUUUGCCCAGGGAAUAUCGGGCGCGGACCUGGCCGAUCAGAUGCGAGAACAGGCUGAACGGUUCGGCGUGGAGUUGCUGAUAGCGCAGACCGUGGCAUCGAUAGAUGCCGGCGACGAGGAUGGCGGUGUCCGCACCGUGGUGACCGAAUCCGGCGACCAAUACCGUGCUCCGGCUGUCCUGCUGACGCCGGGAACCCGCUACCGUCGACUCAACGUGCCCGGCGAGGACGACUUCAUUGGGGCAGGGGUGCAUUUUUGCGCGACCUGCGACGGGCCGUUCUACCGCGACAUGGAUACCCUGGUUGUGGGCGGGGGCAACAGCGGAAUCGAGGAGGGCUUGUUCCUGACCCGGUUUGCCUCUCAUGUGACCGUGCUGGAGGUUGGCGACAGGCUGCGCGCCAGCCAGGUGUUGCAGGACAAAGCCGCCGCUCAUCCGCAAAUGGACAUCCGGCUGAACACCACGGUGCGCGAAUUUCGCGGUGACGGCAAACUAUCGUCGGUGCUGGUUGAGGAUGUGAACACCGGGCAGCAGGAUGAGCUGCACCCGGCCGGAGUGUUUGUGUUCAUCGGGCUUGAUCCGAAUACCGCCUUCCUGGCCGACUCGGUGGAACUGGACGAACGCGGCUUCAUCAAAACGGGUACCGGGAUGGAAACCAACCGGCACGGCGUAUUCGCUGCCGGCGACGUUCGGGCGGGGAGUACCAAGCAGGUGGCGGCAGCCGUGGGUGAAGGAGCCGCGGCGCUCAUCAGUAUCCGCGGACACAUGGAGCAGGAGAUACGGAAUCGGGGAUACGCCGGCGAUUAG